AUGAAGCCUAUUUUUAUCGUGCUUGCUCUGAGCUCUACUGCUAUGGCUGCACCUUUAGGAAGGAUCCUCAGCAUGGUGAAGCGAGUACCUGAUGUCGAUCGAGAGGUUACCGAGGCUGGCUUCAUUGCGGUGCCUACAAACGCUCUUUGGAGUAUUCCUGACGAAGAGGACAUCUCUAGUAUAGACGAGUCGGAUUAA